AUGAGCAAGUCUGAUGAUUUCUAAACAAAAGUUGAAAAGAUUAUUGAAAAUGUAAUUGAUACUAAUCCAUUAUCUAUUUAGUAUCUUUAGAAGCAUAAAUUAUUUAAUAUGAAAAAUUCGAUUAAUCAUAUUGAUACAUCCAUUUCCGAAUAUGAUCUACAAGAAAAAUAAAUUACCAGAAAUACUAUGAUAGAUGAUUUAAUUCGAAAUAUUUAAGUGUUAAUAGAGGCUUCAAAUGACCGUAAUAAAAUAGAAGUAAUUUUCAUUAAUAAAUCUACAUAUAGAUUGAAUAAAAGUUCAUUCGAUUUGAAUAAGAAAUUUAAAAUCUUAGAUCAACAAUUAUGAUGCAAACAGAUUGCAAUCCUCCAUAAUUAACUCUUAGUCGUUCUGAAAAUAAUUCAUUUAUAGAAAUGAGUGAUUCGUUUCUGAAUGAUGAAAAUGCUUUUUCAUUUAAGAAAAAAUUGAAAGAAGUUUAAGAAUAAUUUUCAAAGAAAACACAAUAAUUAGAUAAAUUACUUACUUUAGUUAUAGAUUAAUAGUAAGAAUCUAUUUAAAGUUAGACUACAAUUAAAACAAUAAGUAAUUUAGAGUCCUUGCACAACUUAAUAAAUUGAAUAAUAAAUUGAUCUUAAUUAAUAAGCUAAUAAGAUAUUAGAUAUAAUUUAACCAAGUAUUAACUUUAAAUUAUUUUAUUAUAGAAAUCCAAUCAGAUAAUAAGGAAUAAUUUGAGGAAAAAUUAAAAUAGUCUAAAAAAGAAAUGGAUGAUAUGAAAAGAAAUUUUAAGGAAAAUAAAUCCCUUUUAAUAACAAUUGUUGAAGAAUGUAGGAGAGAAUAUGAAAAACUUGAAAAAAAAUUGAAUGACCAUAUUGCGUAAGUGAAUGCAGAGAAGAAAAAAUCUUGGAUUCCUUUCAAAUGAUUUAUUUAAUGUAUAAUGUAC